AUGGCCGAACUCCAAGUGGUGCCUGGAAGAAGAAAGGGGAGCCCCGACCGCCGAGUCAAAUAUAUGGUCAGACAGCCAGGGACCGAGUACAAAACCGCUUCGGAUGGUACGGUUCUCGGGAGCGAAAUAAAGCGCUGUGGUGGUGGCAGUGUGGUUGAGCAGAGCAGAGUAGAAGACAAGGCUCGGUCUGGAAAGGCUGAGGUCGAGUAUUUACGGCAACUUGGGGCCAAGAGGGACGUGCUAGAGCCCCAGUCCAACGUUGCAUGGGCCGGCCGUCUAAGGUAG